CCAGUGUGUGUGACUCAAACAACAUGUCCUGCAUGUACAGACGAUGCCCGGACUGCAAGGAAAAGACAUUUCCCACAUCACUGGAUCCUUCGACCCAAGGAAACAUUGUUACAUGGCAGGAGUGGGUAACAAGGUCUAUCAGCAUUGCGAAGACUGGCAAAGACGGAUCCAUUGAAAAGAAGGAUGUGAAAAACACUUUCCUUGAAAACAAGAACACUUCAAUUGAAAAGCUGGUGGCCAUGACAAUUGAGAAUCUCCCAAAUUUUGCAAUACAUCUAUUUAACAUAAAGCACCAAUUUGUGGCACUCAAAACUUUGAGAGAGACCCUCUCUGAGACUGAUGUGGCAGUACAUGUAGAUUAUAGUGAAAACUACAGCUGCAAAUACUCAUGUGAAAUCAAGGAGACACAUUUUGGAGGUGGAAACCAACAAGUAACCCUCCACACUGGAGUAGUCUACCUCAGCAGUGGCAGGGUGGAGUCCUUUGCAUCCAUCUCAAAGUGUCUUCAGCAUGAUGCCAAAGCAACAUGGGCUCACAUUGACCCAGUGAUGAGGAAAAUACGAGAAAAACAUCCAGAUGCCAGAAAUAUUCACUUUAUUUCAGAUGGUCCAACAUCCCAAUAUAGAAACAAGACGUCUUUCUACUUAGCUUCCACAGUGCCUUUCAUGCGAGGAUUUCAGUGGGUGACAUGGAACUUUACAGAGGCUUCCAUGGUAAAGGUGCACCAGACGGAGUAGGCGGUGCCUUAAAGAAUCUGGCAGAUCGAAUUGUCGCCUAUGGAACAAGCAUUCCAGAUGCAGACACACUCUUUGAGCAGCUGGCAAAGAAUUCUUCUGUGACCCUCUAUAAGGUAUCAGAGGAAGACAUUAAGGCAAGCAAUGAAUUGGUUCCUACACAAUUGAAAUCAGUUCGGGGGACAAUGAAAAUUCAUCAACUUACAUCCACAAAACCUGGAGUCAUCAGCACAAGGGAAGUGUCAUGUUUUUGUGAGAAAGAUUGCCAAUGCUUUUCUCCAUGUGUCCAUACCUUCUCUGAAAGAGAGGAGAGCCCUGAUAACGCUGAAUCUACCAUAGAGGUUGGACAGUGGGUCCUUGUUGAAUAUGAUGCCGAGUUGUUCCCUGGCACAGUCACACAGGUGAAUUUAAUUUUUUGUGAGAAAGAUUGCCAAUGCUUUUCUCCAUGUGUCCAUACCUUCUCUGAAAGAGAGGAGAGCCCUGAUAACGCUGAAUCUACCAUAGAGGUUGGACAGUGGGUCCUUGUUGAAUAUGAUGCCGAGUUGUUCCCUGGCACAGUCACACAGAUUGUUGAUGGACAAUACGAAGUGGACACUAUGAGCUGCGCAGGAGAAAACCGCUUCUUUGUCCCGAGCAUCCGAUUUCCUGGAGAAAGGGUCUGGUACUACCGCAAUGACAUACGGGACAUAAUUCCGGAACCACUUCCUGUUACCUCUUCAGCAAGACACUUCUGUGUUUUGCCUGAAAUAUGGGCAAGACACAGAAAAGUUACACAUCAGUGACUAAAAAGUCUGAUUGGUCACAGCAGGCAUGCACCACUGGUCUUACGAGCUUGUGGAGUUGGAGUCUCUGAGAGAUCUUUGUUUGAAAUUUGUUGGACAGUUUCCAUUAGUUCAUUGUAUUUGAGAUGUUUUAUUGUUGAGGGUGCUGUAGGCUACAUGAAAUGCUUCUUUUUAUGACCAAAUGUUUGUAGGUUAAAUGUUCAUAGAAAAUAUGAAUUGUUCAUGAAAAAUAGAUAUUGUAUGUUAAAUAUGUAAGUCAUCUGAACCCUUGCUUAUUUGUUAAUGUAUUAAACUGAUUAACUUUGCUAAAUCUCA